CUCCUCUUCCUCCUCCUCCACCUUUUCCUCUUCCGACAUCACCUCUGAUUCCACAAAACUUCUUCUCCCCUAGUUCCACGAUAGGAGCAUGAAGUCUGCAGCAAACUACAUUUCCCAGCAUGCCCAGGGGGUGAAGAGCGUGUACGUGCGCGCGGUGGCGACCUUCGCUCUGACGCUGCGUGACGCCAGCAGCCAGGAGGCCUCGGCGCUGCUCGACGGUCUGGAGAAGGUGGCCCUGAACAAAGGUGUUUAUACAGCAAGUACAUGAGGUAGCCCCGUUGUGCUCAGGUACUGGGCAGGAGUCCAGCGUGACGUCUGAUUGGCUGAAGCCCGACCAAUCGAGCGGCGUCACCGUGGAGACAACGGCCUACGUCCUGCUGACGCUGCUGCUCAAGGGGAGAAUCUCCGACGCCAACCCCGUCCUGUCUUGGCUGACCCAGGAUCAGCACUACGGAGGAGGUUUCUAUACAGUGCAGGACACCGCACUGACUCUAGAGGCGGUGACGGAGUACACCAAAGCCCUCACCCGAGCCGUCCUCCGUCAGGACAUCUCAGUCCGCUACAGCAGGAAGGGAGACCUAGGUAAAGUCCACCUGAGCCGGAGCAAACCUGUGGCCACGCCCAUCCAGGUGACGAAGGACGAUGACAUCACCGUGUCCACAGGUUAUGGGACGGGCGUGUCCCAUGUGAAGAUGAAGACGGUUUACUAUGAGACCACCUCGCCUUCUGUGAACUGUAACUUUGACCUGACCAUCGAGGUCUCCGGCCCCGACACCUCCAGCGGUCUUGGUGUCGGAGCUCCUCACCUGGUUGCCUGUGUAAAGUACAAGCCUCCUAACGAGGAGAUCAUGGAGUCCAGUCUGACCGUGAUGAAGAUCCAGAUGCCUACAGGUGUGGAGGGUUAUCUGGAGGACCUGAGACAGUUCAGAGACCCAGAGGAGCCGAUGAUCUCCCACUACGAGCUCCAAGGAAACACUGUGGUCAUUCAGAUGGACUCUGUUCCGUCAGACGUCUUCCUGUGUGUUGGUUUUCGGAUCAGGACGGGCUUCCGGGUGGGAGGGGCCAGCGAUUCUGUGUUCAGCGUCUAUGAGCCUCAAGUCAAAGGCAGUGAAUGCACCAAAACCUUCUCCUACCAGCAGCAGAGGCUGCAGCGCCUCUGUGUGGACGAGCAGUGCCAGUGCAUGGCAGCUGCGUGUGCCUCCUUCAGGAGCAACGUGAAUGAGAGCCUGACAGCAGACCAACGCACUUACGAGACCUGCAGGCCGCACAUCACAUAUGCUUUCAAAGUGACAGUGAAGUCUUCUGCAGCAGAAGGAGACUUUAUGACCUACACAGCCAGUGUAGUUCAAGUCCUGAAGAAAACUCAGGAAGCGUUACAAGCGGUGAGUGCAGGGACGGAGGUGGAGCUGGUGAAGAAGGCCACCUGCAGCUCUGUAGACAUCCACAACAACAAGCAGUACCUGGUGUUUGGAACUAGGGGGUCAGAGGUCACGCUGAGGGAGGGCUUCAAGUACCGUCUUCCUCUGGACUCGGAGGCCUUGGUGGAGCUGUGGCCGUCCGGCUGUAGUUCUUCUGAGUGUCAGGACAUUUCCCAGCUGGAGGAGUUUGCUCUGAACCUUCUGAUUGACAGCUGCCCCGACUCUUCAUAAGUCUUUUAAUACAGAGAGAAGACACAAUAUGGAUCUGAUUCUCUCUUUAAUAAUUGUGUUAUCAAGUAUUGAUGUAUUAAUAUGCAAAUAAAUAUACAUACAGAACUCG